GUGUGCGUGUUCGUGUCCAGUGGGCACAUUCUUUAUUUGACUUAGGGUUUCCUCUGAGUGCUCUGGUUUCCUCGCAUGUCCUAAAAAUGGGCUAGAUGUUUAACUGGCUUUCGUAAAUUAGCCUUUGGUGGAGCAAGGGGAAUCAAGGAGGAAUUUAUGAGAGAGAAUGGGAUACAGGGGAAUAAGGAGAGAAGACAUAAGGCUGUGGAGAUCAAGUCAAUGGAUACUUUUCAGGCAGAGAUAGAUAUAUUCUUGAUUAGAACGGGUGUCAGGGGUUAUGGGGAGAAGGCAGGAGAAUGGGGUUAGGAGCGAGAGAUAGAUCAGGCAUGACUGAAUAGCGGAGUAGACUUGAUGGGCCAAAUGGCCUAAGUCUGCUCUGAUCACAUGAAUUUAUGAACUUAUGAAAUGGUAUGAAUGCAAUUCCUCUCUUGGGAACUGUUAUGGACUCAAUGAGCUGAAUGGUCUAUCUCUAUAUAUAGUUAUGAGACACAGUAUUUAAACCACUACUUCACCGUCUCUGCCUCCCUAAUCUCAUGGGCUGCAAUAUUACUAGUAAGUGUUAUUAUUUAACUAUUUUAUCAAAUGCCUUACAUGGACAAUAUCAUGGUACCACCCUCUUCUUUAAAUCAAUCCUGAGUUACGCAAAAACAAUUUUUAACAACCUAUAUUAACUUCAAUUGAUCAGCUUAUAUGUUUCAAAAAUACUUUGCUCUUUCCUCCCACACCGUGUAGUUUAAUUAGUUUCGUUAAAAAAAAACGUGUAAAAUUGUCCCUAGUGUGUAGGAUAGUAUGAGUAUACGGGGUGAUCAUUGGCCAGCGCCGACUCGGCGGGCCGAAUGGGUCUGUUUCCGCGUUGUAUCUCUAAAGUCUAAAGUCAAGUGCUCAGCGCCAGUUUAAAGGGGAGGCAGUCUUGUUCUACUGGGAGAACAAGCAGUCGGCGUUUAUUCUUGAACUCCAGUUUAAAGGGAGAGUAUUUUCUCAAAUUGGCGACUUGGGAAGUGUGUCUAGCCGGGCUUCCAAUCUGCUCUUUCACACUGGCAUCAGUAGUCAGGACCAGACUGGGAGCUGAAGACAAGUGUCACAUCGAAGCAGACAGUGUAUCCAGGUAUUUGGGUAGGUCGGGCUAAUCGGACCGUGCAAUACUAUUCACACACACAGCCCCGUCUGCCCGCUACCCACUUGUCACACCAACCUCGCUUCCCCAUGUACUCGCUAAUCUCAGACCAAUCCCAAAUUCGAUUUCCAAGUGACUGUGUCUGGUUUCGCCCCAGGAAGCACUCUCACCGUCUACUGUGGUAAGACGUUGGAUAUUUUUGUUCCUCCAUUGCCACAGAUUAAAUUAAAGCAGGGCAGACGAUUUCGCUUUGGAAAAGGAGUCUAUGUGUGGAGCUCCGCCAGUGACAACGGUACCAGGCGUCGCUCCGUUGGCACAGAUCAACAAACAUCCAGCCCCGGGUUAGAAGGCAGAGCGAGUACCGGGCUGAACGCGAGAGGGAACACUCUCCGCCGCUGCUCUGGCGAAGGCAUGGGCUCAUCGCCGGGGGCAAUCCGUCCCCGUCUCCUCAUGUCUUACCUGCUCCUUUUCCUGGCGGCAGGCCCCGCCGAGGGAUCUGUAGCAAGCGGGCAGACUGACCUUCCUGCAAGCAGCCAGUUGGACACUGACUUACCAGAUGGGAUUGAUGUGGAUGAGAUAGAAUCAAUGACAGUGGAGGGUGAAGCAAUGCACCAUCUUGAAGAUCUGCCAUUUCUCUUCCCAGUGCCAGAGGCUGUUCCAUCAGACUACUCUGACUUGGCUUGGCUGUUUACGUCGUGUGGUGCAAGUGGCCCUAACGGCCCCACCCAGGUGCAGUGCACCAACGCCUACCGCCAUACCAACGUUUCCGUGAAUAUAGAACCUGAAGGACCUCUCAAGGGCAUCCAGGUCUGGCAGGUCCCAGCAACUAACAAAUAUGUAGUGUCCGCUUACGGGGCAGCUGGAGGCAAAGGAGCCCGGAACAGCAACAAGAGGUCCCAUGGAAUCUUCAUCUCCGCCAUCUUUCACCUGAAGAAGGACGAUUUUCUUUACAUCUUGGUCGGUCAGCAAGGAGAAGAUGCGUGCCCAGGGAAAGACACCAUGACUCAGAAGAUCUGCUUGGGAGAAUCAUCCAUCAUUGAAGAUGACUACAACAAUAAUAAAGCCAUGUUAGAGUGGGCAGGAGGUGGAGGUGGAGGUGGUGGAGCAACGCACAUUUUCAAGGUGGUAGAUGGUAUUCAAGUGCCAUUGCUCAUUGCUGCAGGAGGGGGAGGGAAGGCGUACUUGGAGGACCCGGAUGCCUUGAUGGAUGACCUUGUGUUGGAACAAUAUGAAAACGAUACAUCAGUGCCUGGGUUCAAUGGGCAAGUAGGGGCCGCAGGUGGAGGUGGAGGUUGGAAUGAUAUCACAAAGUUUCCCUGGGCAGGGAAAUCUCUCAUGGAAGGUGCCAGCGGGGGUAGUGCAUGCCCCAGGGCACUGGACAAGCUAGGGUGGGCAACGCACGGUGGAUAUGGAGGAGGUGGUGGUGCCUGUACAUCCGGAGGAGGUGGAGGUGGAUACACUGGUGGGGAUGCAUCAAAAACUGAUCAUAUUACUGCCGACGGCCAAGACGGAAUUUCAUUUGUUAACCAAGCUGGAGAGAUUUACCUCUACCCAUUAGCAGCAAUGGAAAGUCACGGAGAGGCAGAAAUUCGGAUCCAUAUGAACUGCAGUCAUUGUGAGUCAGACAACUGCCGGCGGGAGAAAGAGUCCAAGAAGAUACUGUGUCUGUGCCUGGGGGGAAAGGUUUUAGCCCAAGAUAACGUUAGCUGUACAGUUCCCGGAGGUGCCAUCCCAGAAGGCCAUCUUCCCUCCUCCCUCAUAAUUGCCGUGGUUACGUCCACCAUUGUUACUGGAGUAGUUCUAACCUGUGCUGGACUUGCUCUCAUUUACUAUCGCAAGAACAACAGGUUGGCGGCAGUGAGGGUGAAGCUGCAGAGUUCAGAGUACAAGCUGAGCAAGAUCAGGACUUCGACCAUCAUGACGGAUUACAACCCGAAUUACUGCUUCGCUGGAAAGGUGGCCUCACUCAACGAGCUGAGGGAGGUUCCCAGAAGAAACAUCUCCUUGCUGAGGGCUCUUGGACACGGUGCAUUUGGUGAAGUGUACGAGGGCCAAGUGGUUGGAAUCGGCGGCGAAUCCAUCCCUUUACAAGUGGCAAUCAAGACUCUUCCAGAAAUCUGCUCCGAACAAGAUGAAAUGGAUUUCCUGAUGGAGGCAUUGAUUAUUAGCAAGUUUAACCAUCAGAACAUUGUGCAGUGUAUUGGUGUGAGUCUACAAGCCCUACCUCGAUUUAUCUUGCUGGAACUCAUGUCGGAAGGAGACAUGAAGACUUUUCUCAGAGAAAACAGGCCGAAGGCUGUAAGCACAAAAGCACACACAUCCCCAUUGACAAUGCUGGACCUUCUGUGCAUGGCCAAGGAUAUUGCUUGUGGUUGCAAAUAUAUGGAAGACAACCACUUCAUUCACAGAGACAUUGCAGCAAGGAAUUGUUUAUUGACCUGCACCGGAUCCAAGCGAGCAGCUAAAAUUGGAGACUUUGGGAUGGCUCGAGACAUUUAUAGGGCGAGUUACUACAGGAAAGGUGGGCGCGCCAUGCUGCCGGUCAAGUGGAUGCCUCCAGAGGCUUUCCUUGAAGGAAUCUUUACUUCAAAGACAGACACGUGGUCAUUCGGAGUGUUGCUUUGGGAGAUUCUUUCACUUGGGUACAUGCCCUAUCCCUGCAAGAGCAAUCAGGAAGUUCUGGAAUUUGUGACAAGUGGUGGAAGAAUGGACCCUCCUAAGAACUGUCCAGGACCUGUAUAUCGUAUCAUGACCCAAUGCUGGCAGCAUACUCCUGAACACCGACCUGAUUUCUCCACGAUUUUGGAAAGAAUUAACUACUGUACUCGGGAUCCAGACAUUGUGAACACACUCCUCCCUGUUGAGUAUGGUCCCUGCUCUGAAGAAGAAGGGGGUACAGUGAUACGGCCUGACAGCGCCAACAGCCUGACACCCCUGAGAGUCAACCCAAGUCUUGCCCCUCAAAUGGCCGAGUUCCUGCACACCGGGCCAAAGCUGCAACGUCCGCAGGAGUUGUCGAAGAGAGACAGCUUCGGCAGCAACGUGGAGACGGGCUCGUUCGGCCACCGCUGGCUCUGCCAAGAUGCCGAGGCCAGUCCCCACCCCAAGGCUAAGCCCCAGCGAGGGCAGAAGCUGCCAAACCAUUCCAAAACCCUGUGGAACCCUACUUACGGUUCCUGGAUCUCCGAGAGCUUCGGCAGGCCAGCAGCGAUGGCGGCAACAACGACGCCGGCAGCGGCAAUGGCGUCCGAAGGGGAGGGCAAGGCCACGUCCUCCCCCGAACAUGAGGACCUGGGCCUGGACUGCAACGGCAGCUCCCCGCCCAGCUCGCCGGAGUCACCCUCCCCCGUCGCUCACUACCCGCCUCUGGAGAUAGGAGGGCUGGCACUGGCCAAACUGCAGAGCUUCCCCUGUGGGAACAUUAACUAUGCUUACGAUGGUCUGGGCUAUGACACUGAAGGGGAGCAGCCGUCCUCGAUGGAUGCGAGUGAUGAAGAAGGUCUUGGGCAGAAGGCCCUGCCUCUCAAUAAAGAAAUGCACGGCCUGGGCAACCCAGAGAAGGUGGCAAGAGACCGCGACUCAGGCCUUUCACUGUCUGAAGACCUCAGCAUUACCCCCGUGUAAAAUAAAAAUCACCCAUGUCAGGAACGUCACACGGAUUGACCAAGUUCAGUCCGACUGCAGACCAAGUAAAAUAUACAGUGCCCUCCAUAAUGUUUGGGACAAAGACCCAUCAUUUAUUUAUUUGCCUCUGUACUCCACAAUUUGAGAUUUGUAAUAGAAAAAAAAUCACAUGUGGUUAAUGUGCACAUUAUCCGAUUUUAAUAUAGUCCAUUUUAAAACUUUUUGGUUUCACCAUGUAGAAAUGAUAGCAGAAAUUAUACAUAGACCCCCCCAUUUAAAACCAAAAUGAAUAAAAAUGGCCUUUAUUAAAAUCUGACAAUGUGCACUUUAACCAAGUGAUUUUUUUCUAUUACAAAUCUCAAAUUGUGGAGUACAGAAGCAAAUAAAUAAAUGAUGUGUCUUUGCCCCAAACAUUAUGGAGGGCACUGUAUACCAUUUACAUUGGUCACUGUGUCCAGAUUGUAAUGUAGCUGCCUUUUCAGGUCUGUAAAUCCUUAUAGGGCUCAAGGUAGACUGGAAGCUAUCAUUUAGACCCCAGUCCGAAAAGUACCACCCAUUAUAUCUUUGUUUUGCUGCCCGUAACAUUUAUGGAACUUGAAAUAGCUGGCGCUUCUGAGUUUUAUUACCCCACUUGCAAACCUCCUCGGUGUAUGUGGCAUAAUCGAUUAACUGGCAAGUCUGCCCAGUGAAGUAAUCCCACACGAUCGAGGGGAGCAGUUCAAGUCCCUGCACAGGGCUGAGAUUCAGAAUGACAAUCUCAACGAUCAGAAACUUGCAACAAUCACCCCAGAGGGGGCAAGAGCUGGAGAUCUAACACCUAAAGGCCACAUGUUUGGGAGAAACCUAAUAAGUUAGCACUACAGACUGGAGCUAUCUAAUCAAAAUCUCUUCCCAACUGCAAUGACCUAUUUUACAAUAGUAUUCUUAAAAUUGCUGUGAGGUGCAUGUCUUUGGAUUUUGCAUAUAGAUAAAGUUAGAGGCUCCCUGCAAUAGACAUUCAUAUAAUAACCAAGAUGAUUUUUGACAAAAAAACACCUAUGAACACUGGUGUUCAAGACAGAGGAAACGUGUUGAGAUAAUCGAGUGCGGAACUGAAACCAAUGCUGUAACAUGCUUAUUGUUCUCUCAAUGCCUUGAGCCUUGUUUUGAAAGGUUUCUGACUUCUGAUAGAAGACUCCCUUUAUCUUGAAAUGGGAUAAUGAACCUAUGGGAAGUAUUGGGCAGUAUCAUAAGCUUUGUAAACGAGGGCUUGUUUCAUUUUUCUUUGACAUAAAUCCCAGUAAUAGGUCAAUCACCUGGUAACUGAGGCACUUCAAACUAUUGCUUAAAGAGCAAAUACUAAUCCCUUCUAAUCCAGUGCUCCAGGUAGGAUCACAAUGCCUGCCAUUGAGGUGUCUUGCAGCAAAAAAAGGUUAGACUCUUUGCAAAUAAUCUCUAUACAAAGCAUUUGAAUGGAUCAUCUAAUAUUUACUUUCUCUAACACCUUCACACAUUCUUCUCGAAGGAUCGUGAUCACUUGAACAAGUGUUCUUCAUUUAUUAACAGUACCUCAAUAGUUUGUAUGGUGCCACCUACAACGUCUCUUAUCCUCUCCUUCCCUAAUACUCCUUCCUCACUGUCUCCUCUCUAUCUAACACUCACUACAUUCCUGUCCAACCUCCCUAUUCUCCCCUUAACAUUUCUCCCCACUUUCUUCCCUAAUGCCCAACAUCCAUGCUCCACUGCCUUACCUCUCACCUUUUCACUCUUUUACCUCCCAAACUCAUGUUCCACUUCCACCACAUUGCCACACCUCUGCCUCCAUCUCCCCUGGUGCUCCCCCUCCGUAACCUCACUCUCCUGUUCCUUGCUCUUCCUUUUGCAGUAUCAUUCAUGCUACUGCCCUUCUAUAACCUUCUCUCCUCUCCCCCUCCUCUAAGUACCUGGCUGUUGCCAAAGUUGUGGCAUACAAAUUCCUUGAAUAUUAUAGUUAUAUUAUAGAUGUGAAAUGUUGUUGCUGCAUUGAAUAAUUCAAUGUAGUUCAUUCUUGAUAUUAAACAGCACCAGGUUCACCAUAACGUCUUCAAAUAAUGUGUAUAUCUCAGGUAGUUUCUGGUGGAGGUUUUCAUUGGAUCAUUUAUGCAUGAGUUGACAUAAGAACUCUUUAUCAUUCCAAAAUAGUUGUUUUCUUUUCUUAAAAUAUAUAUGAAAUUUUAGCAAGAUGAAUUCCACAUCAGUAUUAUAAAUGUCAAGAAUUUCUGAUAUAGAUUGGUAGUACUGGUAGAUUAGCACUGUUAACAUGGCUACUAUUUUCUGAUAGCACGGUGGCUCAAAAAAUAGCCCUGCUGAUUCACAGUCCGGAGACACUUGUCCUAUCCUGACUUUGGGGGUUGUCAACAAAAGGCUGCAGGUUCUGCCCUUGGCUGCCUGGGAUUCCUCCGGUGCUCUGGUUUGCUCCCACAUCCCAAAGACAGGUUGCCGAUUAAUUAUUUGGCCACGGUACAUGACCUCUUGGUAUUGUAAAUGCAAAGGGUAGUUGAUGAACAGGUGAAACAGAAUACGCUUCAGAGCUGCAGGGCUAAUGGUAGGGGAUGGGUCUGAUGCUGAUGGGAGCUGGCAAGGACCAGAUGGGUGAAAUGGCCUCUAUGUAUCAUGAUAAGUAAGUGCCAAUCAUUCAUUGUAGAUUAGAUUCAGAAAUACAUGCAGCUGGAUAUAACAUUACAGUUUUUAUGUACAAUUGCUGCAGACAGGUAUAUGGAAUUGCAGCAAGGCUGUAAUUAGCAGAGGUCCAGUGAAAUAUCUAACAUAACGCUGGCCAUUGACAAGUGAGGCUGGAAAAUGACAUGUGCAGGACAUUGAGAAGACAGCCUUUCAAUUGCCAUUCCAAUCCCCCAACCUUACACGCUGCUUCUUGUGUCUUUUAUCUGAGUUAGAGCGUAGAAGCUCUCUGGAAGCUUUGCUUUGGAGGAAAUGUUUGUUGCCUGUCAGUGGGCAAAGGUCAGGCUUCCUGAGGUUGAAUUACACCCCAAAGUGCAACCCUUUACAAAACAAUCAUUCUCUCUCAUUCCCUAUAUGUUUGCAAAGCCAACAAGAAUAAAAGGAAAUAGAAUAGAAGGGUUUCGGUCCGACAUGUUGCUUAUUUCCUUCGCUCCAUAGAUGCUGCCACACCCGCUGAGUUUCUCCAGCACUUUUGUCUACCUUCAAUUUUCCAGCAUCUGCAGAUCCUUCUUAAAUAAAAGGAAAAAAAAUGGUUUCAAUUGCCCUAUGACUUUUCCCUUUUUGCCCUUAGCUCUGAAUUUAGAAAAAUUCUGGUGAGCUGGCAUUCCUAAUUUAACACCAAGUUUUCUAUAACUUUUUGUAGCUUUGGACCUUAACUGGCUUUUAGAUUAAAUUUAGAGGGUUGGUGGGAGGGGAUUAACUAUUGAAAAGUACAAAAAUGUGUCAACAAUACACAUUUUGGAUGCUAACAAUAGAAUCUUUCAAGCUGUAUUAUGUAGUUAAACCACUGUGAAGUAAUUUAAAAAUAAUAGUUAUUAACACUGUUACAGUUUAUAAGAAUCUUGCUACUGGUAGAGUUUACUAAAUAUCUAACACGUUUAAUUAACUGCUAUUAAAGUUGUAGCUGGAUCAAGAUGCCUUAACAUAUUGUUCUUGUAACACAAAUCAAUGCCAGGAAAUUGGGGUUCAUGAUAGCAUUGAUGCUGACAAUGAUAUAUAUUAUUCGCAAAAUUGGAGUAAAUCUCCAAUAAUCUGGCACCCAAUUGUUUAGACAUCCAGUGGCCCAAUGUCUGGCUCCCUCGGUCCGGAAGAUGAGCUGGGAAUCUUGAAUAUUAACAGGGUGUACAGUCUGAGCCAGGAUCUGAUUGCUCAAAGCAAAUUUGACAUUCAGUUUCAGUUUUGCGGAAUAAGAUUGAUCUAACCCCAACUUGAUGUUGUUGCCAUGUUACUGUGAAUAGUUUAAGCAAUCUUCAGCUUUCGUUCAGGCGGUCGAUUAUUGUUUUGCAAAAAAAAAAGUCGCGAUCACUGUACAAUAUUAACUCAAGUUGGCUCUUUGAUUUUGUGUCUCGUUUAACUUCUUCGUAAUGUCUGUACAGAAGAACGCUUCAAAAACUGCACUGUUUUCAUUUAAAUUUAUUAAAGCUUAUUAACAUUAAACUUCAAGCUCCUGUGAAAGUUUCUUUGCCCAUUCUGCUGCUGCGAUUGGAACGGAAGGAUACAGACCUGCUCAAACUGCUCAGAGCGAGCGAAACGGGUUAGCGGUGGGCACUUCUGCAGCUUACUCCAGCGUCGCAAAGCCAGGAAAGAGUAAGCAUCUGCCAGCAUUUCUACUUCAGCUCACAGUUCACACCACACACUGGUGGCAUGAUGAGACCGUACCGGGUGUAGUGGGAACAGCCUGCAUAACUGGAUCUGCAGCGUUACGAACGUUAUGGUACUCAGAAAGCCGUGCCAACUGUGUGUGAUCUUCCACGUGGAUUGUUGGGAUUGACCAACAACACACCAUUGCCAUUAUUUAACAUUCUUUCAAAUUUAGACAUCCACUUUCCAUUUAGACUCCCCAAUAAUCCAGCCCGCAAACCCUCCAGAGUAGUGAAUUCCAGAGAUACACGGUACCGCACUGUAAGAAGUUCCUAACCAUCUAUGCAUG